AUGCCCGCCGAUUUCGACAAGCAGAGCUACUGGCGCGACCGCUUCACGUCCGAAAAAUCCUUCGAGUGGCUCCUCCCUUCAGCUGACUUCUUCCGCAUCAUCGAGCCGCAGCUGCGUUCCAUGCGCCCAGAGGCCCGCAUCCUCCACAUCGGCAUCGGCACCAGCGAUUUGCAGAACCACUUCCGCGCUCGAGGCUAUUCCAACGUCCUCAACAUCGACUACGAACCCCUCGCCGUCGACCGCGGCCGUGAGCUGGAACAACAAUCCUUUGGCGAUGUCAAAAUGCGCUACGGCGUCCACGACGCAACGCAACUCGACAUUGGCCAAAGGGAAAAAUUCGACCUUGUCAUUGACAAGAGCACCGUCGAUGCCGUCUCUUGUGGCGGCAAGGACCCGCUGCGUCGCAUGGUUGCCGGAGUCCGGGACUGUCUAGCCCCCGGUGGCAUCUGGGUCUCUCUUAGCUACUCAGAAUCGCGCUUCGACCUCGACGACCUCCCCUUUGACGUCGAGGUCCUCGAUAAGACCCUAACACCCAAGCUCAAGCCCAACGAUCCCGACGUUUUCCAUUGGACUUACCUCUUGCGACUCAAGCGAGACGCCUCCGGCCUGUCCGGGGCGAACUAG